AUGGGAAAAAGAAAAGCAAAUGAUGAUAAAAUUGAUUCUAUGGAUAUUUCAGGAGAAGAGUCGGAUGAAGAAGGAGCAUCUGAUGGAGGAGAGAAUGAACAUUUGGAAAACGAAAUAGUCGAUGUAGAUUUUGAUUUUUUUGAUCCAAAAGAAAUAGAUUAUCAAACAAUAAAACAAUUAAUGAUACAAUUAUUUUCAACGGAUGCAGAAUUAUUUAAUCUAAGUGAAUUGUCGGAAUUAAUUAUAAGUCAACCAUUAUUAGGUACAACUGUUAAAAUUGAUGGAGCUGAUUCUGAUCCUUAUGCUUUACUUACCGUGUUGAAUAUGAAUGAACAUAAGAGGUUAAUAAAUAUGCCGGUACAACUCGUCCCACCAAUGUAUAAAAUGUUACAAGAAGAAAUUCAAUGGGCUAUUGAAGAUAAAGAACCUUAUGAAUUUGAAUGGUUUCUGAUCAUAACUAAAACUUAUAGAGAGGUUGAUUCCACUUUGGAUGAAGAAGAUGUGAUGCCAAAAAAGAAAAUGAAAAAAGUCAAAAGCUCUGAGCCGACGAUUUUUUAUUUUCAUCCCGAAGACGAAAUCAUUGAGCAGAUCGCAAAUUAUCAAUGCAAUUUUAAAUUAACAAAACAAACUGUAACGUCAGAUUCGAAAAGGGCCUUUUCGGAUUUUGGCAUUACACCUGCGAUGAAAAUAUUUAUAUUACAUAAAAGUAAAUUGGAUCAAUUAAUUAAUGAUUUGGAAGCAGCUUGCAAAUAG